AUGAGCCUCGUGGGUAAGACCACCGUCAUCACGGGGGGCGCUCGUGGGAUAGGUCUAUCUUUGGUUGAAGCUGUUGCGGAGGCGGGUGGAGAUGUGGCAGUUCUCGACGUGCUAGAGAAGCCGCAGACUGAUUUGUCUACUCUUGGCAUCAAAGCCAAGUACUAUCGUACCGAUGUAACCAAGAUGGACGCUUUAGAAGAAACGUUUCGUCAGAUCAACAUUGACUUUGGGCGCAUCGAUAACUGUGUCACUGCCGCAGGGAUAGUGGCCGACAAGUCGUUCUUCGACCACUCUUGGGAAGAAUGCGAGAACCUUCUCAAGGUUAAUGUCCUUGGAACAUUCUUCUGUGCACAGCUCGCCGCGAAAGCGAUCAAAGACCAAGGCUCUGGUGGCAGCCUUGUGUUCAUUGCUUCAAUCGCAUCCCACAUAGCCCUUCCACUGCAACGGCUUCCCAUGUAUGGAGCAACCAAGGGCGCGGUGCGAGUGAUGAUGAAACAGCUGGCUGUUGAGCUGGCACCGCUCAAAAUCCGUGUCAAUACUGUCUCACCAGGAUUCAUCCGUACAGAUAUGACAGAUCUCUGCGCGACGCAACAGCCAGAACUGUAUUCUGUGUUUAGUUCUGCCCCGCCGAUGGGACGGAUUGGCGAGACGAGUGACAUAACAGGCGCUGUGAACUACCUUCUGAGCGAUGCAUCCUCGUACACGACUGGGGCAGAUAUUCCCAUCACGGGCGGUUUAAUCGCUGGACGGAUUGCGAAUUGA